AUUGUCUAAACCCAAAUUGUACAUCAUAUCAUAAUUUUCCAUGCAACCUGUCCUUCGCAAGUGUCCAGGUUGAACCCUGACCGCCACGAACCCUGACCACAAACUACAUGACUAUUCAAUUGUGGAUCCCUCGUGCAUCUGGACAAGAAACACGUUCACAUCCGAGUGUUCUAUGCAAGCUGUCAGGUCAUAAUGUAAUAGUAGUGGCUUCAAAGAGUCUAACCGGAUUUUCUUCACAUUGAUAUUGUUUGGAAUGCAGAAGAGGUUCCGGAUGUCGUUGAUGGAUAAACAAGCAAACAAACAAUCUAGAGGUAUAUAAAGCCUUUUUCUGUACCGCUAACUGCAGAACUUCAAAGCUCUACAAUCUCAUACUACUCAGUAUCUCCUACACAUUCACAAACGAUGUCUACCUUCGUCAGGAAUUUGGUGAUUCGGACCGUCGACCUCGGUGUUGAUGUAACGUUGCUCCUUGCAUUUGACAAGGAUCUCGAAGGCGGGAUAUACAAGGAUUAUUUUCCCGUUGUCUGGAGAGUCACUCCAUUCGGAGCUAAGGGUCCUUUCGCCUUGCGUGCAACUUACACGAGCCAACUUACUUUCCUCAAACCGCAAGUCGCCAACAAUAACAUCAUUGGAGCUGAAACUUACACCGAUAUCAGCUACAACGAAAGUACUACCUUGACCAAGAGUGGUGGUGUCUUCUACUUCUCCCCCCCCACUACAGGAAAGGAGAAUUACAUGGUAGCCUUGAACGAUACUGGCUCACCCCAGGAUAUUGCCAUCGGCUUCAAGGACGGAGGAGACCCGUGGCCCAAGCCAGCACUCUACUUCAACAAUGUAGGACAAAACUCCAAUGUCACAGCUCAGUUCACGCCGAUCCUGCGCGCCUACAUCACCUCCGACUAUCAGGAGACUGACAUCUUGAGGGGCGCCAUCCAAACCAAGGCGAUCUGGGAGGUUAAUCUUGCUGAACUCAGGGAAACCACCACUUGGAACCUCAGCAGGGAGCCUCACACCGGCAUAUUCAAGAUCACUCCUGCCUAACCGAUGAACAUUUUACUGCCGCGUCAAUUACCGUUCUCUAGCUGCUUGUUGUCUUUCUUGUUGCGCGUUUCUGAUGUAAUAGCUUGAACGGUUGUAUUUUUUACCUGAAUUGAAACUGUCGUUGUGUU